AAUCUUCUCAAGAAACACCAGCUGCUGGAGGCAGAUAUUACAGCGCAUGCGGAUCGUGUGGGUGAAAUGAAUCAGCAGGCUGAUAGCCUGUUGGAAAGUGGUCAGUUUGAUCAACCGGAAAUUGAAGAGAGACGACGGGCUAUUUGUGAUCGUUAUGAAAGAAUUCGACAACUGGCCGAUGUUCGACGUGAUAAACUGAACAAAGCAAUAACCGUGCAUCAGUUCAUUCGUGACAUUGAUGAUGAGGAAUCGUGGAUUAAAGAAAAGAAGUUGUUGGUGUCAAGUGAUGACUACGGCCGCGAUUUGACCGGCGUGCAGAAUCUGCGUAAGAAGCAUCGUCGUCUUGAUAACGAGUUGGCAUCACACGAACCACAGAUGCAGUUGGUUCGUGAGAAAGGUCUAGAGCUGUUGCAGUCGUCUGAUGUGGGUGUGCCUGAGAUUCGUCAGCGUAUGACAGCACUAGAGGAAGUUGAAGAGGAAGAAGCAUGGAUGAACGAAAAACAACAGAUUCUCUCAUCGGAUAAUUUCGGUGAGAAUAUGGCUGGAGUACAGGGACUGCUGAAGAAACAUGAUGCUUUCGAAGCUGAUCUGGCGUUGCACACUCAACGCGUUAAUCAGUUAAUUGAAGAGGGAGAGAAGUUAAUCGCUGCUGGUAAUCACCACAGUCCACUGAUUAAAGCAAGAUGUGAUCAGCUGAAGGCAAGAUUGAAUGAGAUUGGUGAAUUGGCCAAAAGGAGACUGCUGCGGUUACGUGAUAAUAGUGCAUAUUUACAAUUUAUGUGGAAAUGUGAUGUGGUGGAGAGUUGGAUCGCUGAGAAGGAGCAGCAAGUACGAUCGGAUGAUUACGGACGUGAUCUGUCGUCGGUUCAGAUCUUAUUGACGAAACAAGAGGCGUUCGACGCUGGUCUGAAUGCAUUCGAACAUGAGGGUAUUCAGCGAAUCACCGAACUCAAAGAUCAACUCGUUAAUUCGCAUCACGCACAAACACCGAACAUCGAGAAACGACACCAAAAUGUUAUUGCUAGAUGGCAACAACUUUUGGCCAAUUCUGAAGCGAGACGUCAGAAGUUGUUGAAAAUGCAAGAGCAAUACAAGCAAAUCGAAGAGUUGUAUCUCACUUUUGCCAAGAAGGUUGGUUCGUUUCGGUUGAUUUUCUUUGUUACUUCAUUCACACAUGUUAGUGGUGAGGCGAUUGAGAAAUGA